GAUACACCUAUUUGUAUGCUUGUAGACCUCAGGUUGACAGACUCUCUGAAAUAAUAUUUAGGUAAUAUAUAUAUAUUUAGCCUAGAAUCUUUCUACACGAACACAAGGAUGUUGAGAUAUAUAUUUGAAAGACAUAGCUACUAAGUACACUUAUACGCCUGUAAUCAACAUUAAAAUCAAAUUUAUUUUUGGUAUUAUUAUUAUUAUCAUCAUCAUCCUUAUCAGUAUUCACAUUAUCAUUACUUAGAGACCCGCGGAAUUUCAAUAUCUCACACCUCUUAUUGUAACUAUAAUUAUCAUUACUACUCUUGCGUCAUAACACAUUCGAAAAGCAUCUUAGAAAAAACAUUUUCGCAUUCCUGUUCAGCUUCAGUGUACAAUAUAUAUCUAUUAACAUUACAAAUCAUAUUGAUUUAAUCAGUAAAAGCAACAAAGAAAUGAGUCGUAUAAAAACCUGUCCAUUUACUUUGAUCUGGAUCCUGUUUCUAUUACUGAUUAAUCAUUACACCGACGUCAUCCACUGUACUACAACUAAGAAGCUCUUUGGACAUGCUAACCUGCAAGGGGAUUAUAAUAUAAUGAAUGAAGAAGAAAAUGAUCUUUCACCGACAUUCCUUUAUACAAAAGUGCUUACAGCAGAUGAUCUGAUUGAAGUGCUUGAUGAAUUGAAUAAUUACGUCAGCCGUUAUGAUCAUCAAAUAGUCUGCGGUGAUCUACAAGCGAAAGAUGAGGUUUGUAAAAUGGCUAUCAACCAGUUGUCGUUAAAUUAUUAUCAAAACGCCCUGAAUACAACUCAACAUGGGUGGAGAUCGUAUGUCUGGCGACAAUCACAUAAUAAUCAGUUAUAUGGUGUUAUGCUGAUUCUUGAUCCGAAACAACGUGGCAAUGGGGGGAAUAAUCAUAAUAAUCAGAUGAAUAAAAUUCUAAAAGAAUCCACUCAUCAACGUGAUGUUUGUGCUAGCCUCUUCUUGGAAUCAGGAAGCAAUGAACGAUUGCGAUAUAUACGGCUACAUGUGGGUCCUGAUCGAUCGCUGCCUGAAUAUCAUAAGAAAAUUAUGUUGAGACAGUUUGUUGAAGAAAGUACACAAGUCUACUUAUGUACUGAAUACCAAGCAGCUGGGGUACAUAAAGUUGCUGUAUUCGCCAACAGACUGUCACUGGAACACUUCAUCAACUCAGGAUUUGAAGCUGUCGAAUGCGGCGCAAAGCUGUCUGAUAUUUGUGGGAAUGUAUGGUUCAAGAACAGAUGUCUCAUGGCACGGACAAUUACUGCUGAGGAUUGUCGAUCUGAAGAAUACUAAUGAUGAUCUGAUAAAUAACUAACUAACUAUAAAAUUUCUGGAAAAAAUUAUUAGCAAAACGAAUAAGAUAAAUAAAAAUUAUGUGGUCUCAUUUCACAGAA